AUGACCGGCCGAGGGAAAGGAAAAGCGUCGGGCACCAAGGCAAAGAGCAGGUCGAGCCGAGCAGGUCUUCAGUUUCCAGUCGGCCGCAUCCACCGACUCCUUCGCAAAGGAAACUAUGCAGAGCGUGUCGGGGCGGGUGCUCCCGUGUACUUGGCCGCUGUGCUCGAGUAUCUAAGUGCUGAAAUUCUAGAGUUGGCCGGAAACGCCGCUCGUGACAACAAGAAGACCAGAAUCAUUCCCAGACACCUGCAGUUGGCCGUCCGAAACGACGAGGAAUUGAACAAACUUCUAGCUGGUGUAACGAUCGCCCAGGGCGGUGUUCUUCCCAACAUACAGGCCGUGCUGCUACCCAAGAAGGCCGAGAAGAAGCACCAUUGA